AUGCGUUUUCUCGUGUAUGGUAAUCGAACCGGCCUGAACAAAGCUUUAACGAGAAAGAACGGUUAUUGGUUAACAAAUUUAUCUAAUCGCAAACUCCUCAAAUGUCUGCAACGUCAAACAAGAAAUUUAAGUCAAGAUACUAAAACCGAGAGAUCUUUUCCUUCAGUCGAAGAAAUUAAAAAGUAUUCACCUGAGCAACUUCUUAGUUUUUUAAAGUCUGGAGAUUUAUAUCUGACAAAUAAUGAUAUCGAAAUGAUUGAGAAGAAUGAUAUCGCCGGUGAAGACUUUCUUCUCUUGAAAGAAGAUGAUCUCUAUCGGAUUGGAUUACCUAUUGCUCCAGCCAAAAGAAUGAUACAGUUAAUUGAGAAAGUUUCGAAAACAUCUGUAAUGGAUAAGCCAAUUACUAACCUUGUACACUUGUUUAUUGAUAAUUCGAAUAUCUGGAUUGAGGGAAAGUACACAGUUGGAAACCUCGAGCGGUUAGGUACCUUCGACUCGGACAGAAAUUCCUAUUGCUUUAAACAGCUCCAGAUCGACCAUGGUAGACUUCUCACCACAGUUCAAUGCGGACGUAAACUAGGUAGUGCACCACUCGUGAUCGGUUCUUGUCCAUCUCCUAACGAUUCAUUGUGGGCUCGUGUCAGGGAUCAAGGUUUUAAGGUGAAUAUAUUUGAUGGGGACAUCGGAAGCCACCGCGAAAAGAAAAUCAAACUUGUAUUACCAGCAACAGAAACAAUUAUGUCCAGUGAUCCUGGUGUUUUAGUUUUGAUUGCGGGUGACAGAGAUUAUAGACCUUUAGUAAAACAAGCACAGAAACUCAAUUGGACUGCGGAGACAUGGUUUUGGAGUUCAGGAACUUCCAGGCUCCUCAAGUCAGAUACGAUUUUUCGAUCUUUGAAUAAUUGUUAUCGUACCUUCUCAUAUGGAUUAGGUCCUGAUCUCACUGGGAAAAACGACGUUCUUGAGGUUACUGAUG